AAUCCUGAAAUGGACUUUGAUUUCGAUCCUGAUCCUUAUGCAAUUUACCGAAGAAGUGUUGAAUUUCUGUUGCCUGCCGAGGAGAGAAUGCUUCCUGUUGUAGAAAAGCUCAACGGAGAAGAGGGGAAGUUAACCCGCCCACGGAUGUGGUACCAGACCUGUUCUUCAAAAUUUCCACCUGGAGCAAGAAUUGACAUGGUGUACGCUGCAGGAGAUCUCCAUUCAAUGCUUGUUUGA